CACGCCCCUAGUCUCCUCCUGUCCUGCGUCCUCUUGCUCUGUCCUCGUCCGCUCUUCUCUGAAAAGCAGGAUGAGGGGUGGUGUGUGUGUGUGGUGUGUGGGCCUCCUGGUUUUGGGGUUGCGAUGGGCGCAAGGACAAAGUCAAACUAACUUCACAAGACCAGUUUUCCGAUGUGGGGGUCAUUUAACGACAGAUUCGGGCUUUGUGGCUAGUGAAGACUUCCCCACUCACUACAAACCCAACUCCAAAUGCACCUGGUACAUCACUGUUCCAGAGGGUCACGUGGUCAUGCUCCAGUUCCGUAUCUUUGACCUGGAGGCUGACCCUACCUGUCGCUACGACUAUGUGGAUGUGUACAACGGUCACUCGUACACGGUGCAGAAGCUGGGCCGCUUCUGUGGAACGUUCCGGCCCGGGGCUCUUAUCUCCACCUCCAACCUCAUGAUGCUGGAGAUGGUGUCUGACUCGGGCAGGGGAGGGCGGGGCUUCCUGGCUUUCUUCAGCGGUGGAAAGCCACAUGUGGAUGAGAAUCAGUUUUGUGGUGGCAAGUUGACAAAGCCUCAGGGAUCAGUGAAGACUCCAAACUGGCCAGAUUCUAAUUACCCAACAGGCAUCAGCUGUUCCUGGCACAUCUCUGUAGCGACCAACAUGGUGAUUGAGGUAAAGUUUGAGAAGCUGGACCUGGAGACAGAUAAAUACUGUCGCUUUGACUACGUGGCACUAUUUAAUGGUGGAGAAUCAGAUAAUUCACGACGUAUAGGCAAAUUCUGCGGAGAUAUAGUGCCAGAGCCAAUCGUGAGCAGAGGAAAUGAGCUGUUGGUGCAGUUUGUGUCUGACCUCAGUUUGACAGGGGCAGGUUUCAUGGCACACUAUAAGAGCAUCCCACGUGGCUCUCGAACCGCAACACCAACCCUGGGCACUGUACCUGGACCUAGAAUUGACUCUGACCUUAACUCAACAGCUAACUUAAUUCCUAAACCUAGAACGACACCUAAACCCACAGCUAGAACUAAGCCUACACCUAAACCUAAAACAACUGUUAAACCUAAAGCAACACUGAAACCUUCAUCUAGGCCACAGAAGCCUAAGCCUGCCAGACCAACUCCCAAACCAGUCAGGCCUAAACCAGCAAGACCUACACCUAAGCCCAAGCCUAAGCCACCACAAAAACCUGUCAAUAAGGUUACACCAAAACCUGUAGCAAAACCAACAGUGAAACCUAAAGCUAAACCAACUCCAAAGCCUAAAGUUAAACCAAAUACUAAGCCUGGUGUUAAGGCCACAGCCAAACCAGGCACUAAGCCAGCAAAGCCCACACCUGCAUCUAAAGCCAAGCCCAAACCCAAGCCUGGUGUGAAAACUACCCUGAAACCAAAGACCAAACCUGCCACCAACACAAGCACCAAGAUCACUCCUACAGGAAACAAGAAAUCAGUACAGAAUCCAGAGUGUGCACAACCAUGUAAGAGGACAGGCACUCUUCUGACCAGCUUCUGUCCCAGCGACUUUGUGCUGACCGGGAAGGUGACGUCAGUGAACCCAAGCUCCCGUGGUAGUGUUGAGGUGGAUGUGUACGUCAUGAAGACCUAUAAGACAGGCAAACUUAACAUCACCAAGAGAGGCCCAAUUAUGUCUGUCACUCUUACUGUUCCCUGCUCGAAAUGCCCUGCGCUGCGUAAAGGAGUAAACUACGUGCUGAUGGGCCAGGUAAAUGAAGAGGGACGUGGCAUUCUGAAACCUUCCAGCUUUGUCCUACUCCAUAAGCAGGUGCAUGAUAAAGCACUGGCAAUGUUAGCUAAGAAAGCAUGCUAACCUCAACUCGGCUCCACCAAUCACAGUGUUGGAAACGAGUGUUAAUCUCUGCAGCAGGAAAUGACGAAAAAGUCAUUAAGCUUAAUACUGAACUUAACAAAAUCACUUCUGAUUUACUAGUUUUAACAGAUUGUCAAUGCAUCCUGUUGCCACUACUACAAAUGAAGUGUGUAUUUACUUUUAAAAUAGUAUUCACCUCAACUUGAAAUACAGAAACUAGAAGCUUUACUUUCACUAAGAUCUGUGCACGUGACCCAAAUAUGUGGAGCAGAUUUGUCACCCUGCAAAAUAUGGUCUAGUAUUAUUUGUGGUAGACAGAUCACAUUGUAUUUUUUAUUUUUAAAUUAUAUAAAGUUCUGUUAUUAAAGGAUUUUAAAGGA